UCUGCAAGCAGAAGUUGUUUAUGUGAGCAUAUCAAGAACAUCGUCAUGUGAUUUGGAAAGAUUUCAAAGCUGAAACUUCACUGUGGUUUGCUUUAGUGUCGUAUGGCAGGUGAACUAAGUCCUUCCACUGACUCUGAGACAAGAAAGUAAAAUGAUCUUUCUAGGCAGAAGACAUCUCCUUCUGUGUUUCAAUCUCUUCUUCUGUCUACUCCUAGGUUGUGUGCCUGCAGAAGGCAUCAUAGCCACAGUCGGAACAGAUGUCACUUUGCAAUGCAACUAUGACGCUCAGAGUUACGGCAAGCUUCCUGCAUGCUGGGGUCGAGGAGCCAUCCCCAACAGCGGCUGUGCCAAUGAGGUGAUCAAGUCAGAUGGGACAACAGUGACGAGCAGACUGUCGGAGCGUUACCUGUUUAUGGGUAAUAUUGGUGGGGGUGAUGUGUCGCUGACCAUCCGGCAGGUUGAGGAGGCCGACUCUGGGAUGUAUGGUUGCCGUGUGGAAAUACCAGGCUGGUUCAACGAUCACAAACACCAUCUGACUCUGACAGUAGUGGCAGUACGCCCUAAUCCUCUGAAGGUGGAGACAAGAGAGGUGAAGGAAAGAACUGUCACUGUCCGCUGGACUCCUGUGUUUGAUGGCGGCAGACCCAUUACUACCUACAGGAUCGAUCUCAAAAACAAACAGGCGUCCUGGGAUACUGCAGUAACAACUGAAGUCUCAAAUCCUGAGCUGACUCAGCUGACCUUGGUAGACUUGCAUCCUGCCAAGACCUACAGCCUUCGCAUGUUUGCUAUCAACAGUGUGGGCAUGAGCGAGCCCAGCAAUGUUCUGACAGUCACAACAAAAGAAGCAGCACCAGAUGGUCCACCCCUGAAUAUGAAGCUGGAAGGCCUCACUUGUCAUAGCAUCAGAGUCACUUGGAUGCCUCCCAGGUCCGAUCUCAGAAACGGGGUUCUUCGGAGUUACAGCAUUAGCUACAGAGAGUAUGACGCCGCAGGCAGACAGUUCAAAAGGUGGCAGCACUUAAGUGUGGCCGCCACACGGGAACUAGAGAGCGUCGUUCUGGUCAACCUGAAGCCUUCUACCAGUUACGGGGUGCUCAUACAGGCCAAAACAAAUGCAGGGAUAGGACCUGCCUCAACUGCGCCUCUCUGCUCCACUCUAGAAGAGGUUCACACGACUUCAACUGCAUCGACUAGUAAGUCUACAACCACUGCCGCCACAAUGUGGAUACAAGAGACUACAAGUAUCACUUCAGCUGAGCCUGUUGAUGCUGCCACAGUCUGGGCAGACCAAACCACAAGUAUCACUUCAGUGCCCCCGGAUCCCCCAGUGCUCAAGUUAAAGGAGGUCAAAGAUAAUAUAAUUUCUCUUUUAUGGACUCCUGGGUUUCAAGGUGACAGCCCCAUUACUGGGUAUUACCUGGAGUAUAAAGCAGUUAAUGCCUCGUGGGAUUACAAAAAGACCAUUAUAGACUUCAGCCCUAACCAGACAAAGGCCACUAUAAUCGAGAUAAACCCCUUCACAUACAACGUCCGCAUGUUUGCCAAGAACAAUCUGGGCACCAGUAAAGCUAGCAAUGUCCUCACCAUCACCACUGGAGAAAGAGGUAAUCAUGUGGAUAAUCUCGUUACCACCGUAUCUACUGACACACAUGCUGCUGCGAGCGUCGAGGAGGAGAGUCAGGGCGGUCACCUGGCCGCCAUCGUGGUGCCGGUGGUGCUGGUGGUGUUCGCUGUUGCCAUAGUAACCGCAUGGCAAAUUAGACGUGUAACACAGAAAAAGGGCACCCUGAACAUGUGGCUGACCGGCGGAGCGCUACGUUACAGAGGAGCUGAGUCACUACAGGAGCUGUGAAAAACUCUCAGUUGCUCUACACUUUAAGCCUAGAAACUCACAAAUACCACUAUUUGUACUUUAAAUUCUUAUAAGAAAUGCGCCGAGGGAGAUUGUAUAUUUCUGUUCAUGUGUCAUUGAGGAAAGAAGCCAAAUCUGCUACAACUUCACCUGUUGAUUCAAACUAAUCUUUACUUUGUUAACACUCACAGAAGGUCUAAUCACAUGGGUUAGUGUUUUCUUGUUGCAACCAUUGACAGGUCAAAAUUUGUCUUUUUAUUUCCCUCUUUCUCUUUUUCUAACAAUAUAUAUAUGUGUGUGUGUUUGUGUGUGUGUUUGAUUAUAAAGUUUACUCUUAUAACCAUUAACAGGUCAAUAAUUAACUUCUGUUUUUAUGUGACUUCAUCUGUAAUGAAAUGGUACCACAUCUUUGCUUAUUUUCCUUUAUAAUGUAUAAUAAACGUCCAAAUUGUUAUUACAUUA